AUGGCCGCGCCCGCGCAGACCAGCCCGCUCCGCCGCUGGAAGCCCUUCUUCCGCGCCUUCGACUCCAUCGACGCCGCCAUCGAGGCCUUCGACCCUGUGCUGCUGUCCCGCCGCGAGUUCCGGACAGCCAGGGGCGACAUCGUCGAACGCCUCUGCGACGCCGACGACGACGAUCAGGCGGAGCGGCUCUGCCUCUUGCUCGACGGCGUCAUGGCGGAGUCCCUCGAGACGCUCCGGCUGCUCCCGCUCAUGCCCACCGUGCUCGCCAAGACCGACCUCGCCAGGUGCAUCCGCGCGCUGCACAAGGAUCACGGCUCGGAGCGCGUCCGCGUCCUCGCCGGCGGCAUCGUCGCUGCGUGGAGGGCUUCCGCCCGGGACGACGACGCCAAGGUCAAAGAAGCCACGGCGCCCAAGCUCCUGGACCACCUUCCGCAGCAGCCCAAGAAGAUCGACCAGCAACAAGCGCCUGACGCGAGGAGGAUGGCGAUGCAGCCUGCCAAGACCCUGGAGGCGGAGACAUCCACCAAGAAGACGGUGGAGAUCACAAACAGGGCGUCCGAUCCCGUUGCCCCGGGACUCAUCUUCCGCGGCGACCGUGUCGGGCCCAUACCCGAGGAGAAGAUACAAGCUGCAAAGCGCAAGUUCAAUCAAAGGUACCAAGAGGCGGAUGACGCCAAGCGACGACGUCUGCCAAUAAAGGUGGUGGCGCCGGAGAUGAUCAAGCAAACGCUGAAGAACAAGAAGCACCCGAUCAUGAGGGAGAGGAGCCAAGCCCAAGCGAGGUGCGGCAGCUCCAUGAUUAAGAAGACCGUCACCGUGACCAGGAUGACUUCAUAA